GAAAUGCCCGAAGUGAUUGAUUGGUUACAUUAUAGAAUCAUUGACGUUAGCAGCAUUAAAGAAUUAUGUAGAAGAUGGUAUCCUAGUAUUUUUGAGACGGCACCCAGCAAGAAUACUACUCAUAGGGCAUUGGAUGAUAUCAAAGAAAGUAUUAAUGAAUUAAAGUUUUAUCAAAAACAUAUUUUCAUUGAUGAAAGUAUUAUCUCGGCAGCAAAUAAGAAAAGGAAGGAAGGAUAA